AUGGACAUGCUACCCGUAGACAAUCCCACGGCGUCGUACUGGCUGUCAGACCCUCACCCGCUAGCCAAGUUCCGAUCUUCAGACGCAGUCCCGGACGAGACGGACAUUGCCAUCAUCGGCACCGGCAUGGCUGGUGUCUCUACCGCUUACCACAUCCUGAAACAGUGCAAAUCCGCCACUCCCCCGUCAAUCACGCUCUUAGAUGCCCGCGAUGCCUGUUCUGGUGCGACGGGUCGCAAUGGCGGUCACGUCAAGACAAUACUUGCGUCCGUGAAGAAAUGGUACGAAUCACAUGGGCCAGACGGGGCGGCUGUCAUAAUCGCAUGGGUGGCUGCACAAUGCCGUGCGCUGAAGAAGGUCGUUGAGGAAGAAGACCUGGAUUGCGAGUUCUUGGUGAGGCGGUCAUAUGACGUUCUCUACGAUACGGACCAGGCUGCGGAGCUGAAGAGCUGGUUGCGCGACAGGCGCAAAGAGGGAGUUGAGUGGCUCGAUGAGCUCCAGUGGUUGGAAGGGCCACAUCUUGACAGAAUUGUCGGAGCCAAGGGAGCAAUUGCGGCCGUUGGUGGACCAGCAGUGUCACUGUGGCCAUAUAAGCUCGUCACAAGCCUGCUCGCUCUCGUCGUCGACAAGGGCGCAAAACUGUACACGAACACGGCCGUGCACGCAAUCGAUCGCGGGUCCGACACCAUCAAGCUGUCAACAUCUCGCGGCGUCAUGCGCGCCAAGAAGGUCGUAUACGCAACCAACGGCUACACAGCGGGCCUACUACCCCAGUACCGCAACAUCAUCGUCCCCUUUCUCGGCCAAAACUCGCGACUCGUGCCGAACGAGCAGACGCUCCGCCAAAGCCCCAACCUCGCUGCCACGUUGAACCUACAUCACAUGGCCGACUCGGUCGACUAUCUCAAUCCUCGCCCCGAUGGGUCGAUCACCCACGGAGGGGGCACGCGCAACUUCCGGCGGGACGCGAAUGACCGCAACGAGCGUUGGUUCAAUAAUGUCGAUGACUCCAAAUUGAUAUCGGACGAGGUGGCUGCCGACUUCGAGAGAAUUGAUCGACAGCGGCUGUACGGCUGGGAAGACAGUGAAGCCAAGGUUGACUCGAUUUGGACAGGAGUCAUGGGCUUGACACCCGACGGGCUCCCGCAUGUCGGCCAAGUGCCCGGGACGCGCAACGAGUGGCUACUGGCAGGCUUCAACGGCGGCGGCAUGGUCUUCAUCUUCACCAUGACCCAGGGCCUUGCGGACAUGGUUCUCGAGGGCAAGGAGCUUGAGCAGACUGCAAUCCCGGUGCUAUUCAAGACAACGGAGGAGAGACUCAAGAAGAAGUGCGAGGACGUCAAGUGA